AAGGUUUGGCUCCACGCUGUACAGCUCAGAGUAUAUACACAGGCAGGCAGAGGAGGCACCGCGCAGAGAAAAGUUAGAGCCACUCGCUGCUUUUUCAUUCACUGACUCAAAACAAGUCUGGAUACUUUGGAAAAAGCUUUGUGAACUGUUACAACUCAACACUGAGCACUCGACCGUCGCCGGGUGAACGAAGUAAGUCCUGAUUCCUGUGUCAAGAAAGUGCGCACUCAAAGUUUUGGAAGUUUUUUUACGCAAAGAGAGGACGUUUGGAAACCUCAGUAACCAGGAAGAAGAGAGGGGGGACGAAAAGUUGUUUUGUAGAAGAUUUUUGUAGCUACACUUGUUUUUGGUUCUCUUCUAUGUAUACCAAGAUGGAAACUACUUUCUAUGACGACUCACUCAACGCUUUCUCCCAGCACGACAACGCCGGCUACGGAUACAGCAACCCCAAAGCGCUGAAACACAACAUGACACUGAACCUCUCCGACCCGACGGGCACUCUGAAACCUCACCUCCGCGCCAAAGCCGGAGACAUCCUCACCUCCCCGGACGUGGGCUUGCUGAAGCUGGCCUCCCCGGAGCUGGAGCGGCUCAUCAUCCAGUCCAGUAACGGGCUCAUCACCACCACGCCGACCCCGACCCAGUUCCUGUGCCCCAAGAAUGUCACCGACGAGCAGGAGGGCUUCGCCGAGGGGUUCGUCCGAGCCCUGGCCGAGCUGCACCACCAGCACAUGCCGGCCACCACCUCCGCUGCCCAGACCAGCGUCAACACUGCCCUGCCGCCGGUCUCUUCCGUCGCCGGUGCCACCGUUUACAGCAACAACACCACCAUGCGCUCCGACUCGCCGGUUUACGAGGACUUGAACACUUUCAACCCGGCCAUCAGCACCGUGUCGGCACCAAACUACACCACCUCAGCCCCGACCAUGUCCUUCCCAGCUGCGCCUCCACAGCUCCCCAUCUACGGCCAGCCCUCCUCCCAGCUCCCCCGGCUCUCGGCGCUCAAAGAGGAGCCCCAAACCGUGCCCGAGAUGCCCGGGGAGACCCCUCCUCUCUCCCCAAUCGACAUGGAGAGCCAGGAGCGCAUCAAGGCCGAGAGAAAGCGGAUGAGGAACCGCAUCGCCGCCUCCAAGUGCCGGAAGAGGAAGCUGGAGCGCAUCUCUCGGCUGGAGGACAAAGUGAAGACCCUCAAGUCCCAAAACUCGGAGCUCGCCUCCACCGCCAACAUGUUGCGGGAGCAGGUGGCCCAGCUGAAGCAGAAGGUGAUGAACCACGUCAACAGCGGGUGCCAGCUCAUGUUAACGCAGCAGCUCCAGACCUUCUGAGGUGGUGACCAAGCGGCGGGCGGAGAGAGAGAGAGAGAAAAGAAAAAGACUGUAGUUGAAAGAAACGGACGCUUCCUGUGACAGUAAGUGGCUGCGUCUCCCGAAAUCGUGACGGGAUUUGGGACGAUGUGGCGCUGACACUGGCAGGACCGGGGAGCCGCGCUAAAAGUUCCUGAAAGUGCCAUGCGCUCCCCGGUGGCGCGUCCUAGAGAUGGGCUCGGGACAGUGACAGUAGCCAUGAACCAGAGGGGUCAUGGCACCAAGCAGGAUACCUUUCUGUUUCUGUUUCGUGCUGUUUGUUUAUAACAGAACUGGACAGGACUGAAGUUUUCUUGAUUUACACCCAGCUCUGCAUGGACCUUAAUCAUGACAUCCAAGGAGAAGUUUCAGUAUUAGAGGAUUUAAGAACCUGCAAUAGAGACUUUUCUUGCUGUAGCCAUAAUGGCCUCAAUUUUGGGGCGUGUUGGUCAACUCUAAACGGCUGAAAAGUUGUAACAAAUGCUGCCUGACUUCUGAGUUACAGUACAAAGUACCUUUUUUCUUAAUUGUAAGAAGUUAAGUUAGAAAAGCUUCAAGAUUUACUUGUUUUUUUCUAAAGUUGUUUAAUGGGGUUUCACUCAUUGUUAUAUGUAUAUAAGAUCAACUUGGAGUACUUAUGUUUACCAUUUGUAAUAAGAAUACUGUAUAAUUUUUUAUGUUUGUUUUCUGAGCACUUCAGAAGCUAAUCAAUAUUUAAGAAAAUAAACCAGAUAAAAUGAA